GGCUACCCUUCGGCUCCCUGCGGCUUCUCUCCGAGCCAGGAGCGGGCGCUCCGGUGUGACGUUGGCGGCGCGCCGCGAGUGACGUCAGCAGUGCGCCGUCGCCCCUUCCACUGUGAGGCCGGUCGCCAUGAACAGCGUGGGAGAGGCCUGCACCGACAUGAAGCGCGAGUACGACCAGUGCUUCAACCGCUGGUUCGCCGAGAAGUUCCUCAAGGGCGACGGCUCCGGGGACCCCUGCACCGACCUCUUCAAGCGCUACCAGCAGUGCGUGCAGAAAGCAAUAAAGGAGAAGGAGAUUCCCAUAGAAGGGCUGGAGUUCAUGGGCCAUAGCAAAGAAAAGUCAGGAAGCUCUUCAUGACCUUGGCAGCAGCCUUCAGGAUGACCUUUUCAACUACAGAAAUCAAGAAAUCAAAGACUGGUCUCUGAAGAGGACCAUGGAUUCAAGCUUAUUUACAAAAUAAGCAUGUUUUAUCAAGCAUGGAAUAACAACGUUUCUUCAGAUGCUCAGAAUGUAACUUGGUCUGCUGCGCUUGGAAUACGGUUGGCCUAUAAAUACAGGAGUCAGGAUGGCUAGGCUGUUCUGAACUCUAGAUCCCUGCUGCUAAAUAUUAAAUAAACGUUUGGGUUUGGGCUGGGUCCCCCCUGCCCCCCAGCACAUCUGAUGCUCUGGGGGGGGGUGACUCCAGUAUUUAAAUGGAACCAUUUAAAUCGAAUAAUGGUUAAAGAUGUGGAGCUGGCCAAAAAGGGCCUUUUAAGAGACAACUGCCUGCUUUUAAAAAGGAUUCAGCUGGAAUAAAAACAGGAAGUACUUGAAGGCUUCUAAGAAACCAUUUUGAGCUCCCAAAGUUUGGUACUAAUACUAAGCACAGAAAUUAAGGUGACUUCUAGUUUCCUAUAAAUCUUGUCAAUUUAGCUAUGAUGGUAUUAAAAAUGCAGAAAUCUGAUUUUCCUGAUUCAUGAGUGGUAAUAGUGACUAAAACAAAAAAAAAAGUGAUGGAAAAGGCAUCUCUCACAGCUGAGCUAUAUGAGGGAAGAGUUUACAGGACUUGAAUACUUGUACGUGGUUGAGAUGAAAGGAAUAGUUUGCUUUAUUUGCCCAUCAUGUUCUGUAACAUUUGAAAUCCCAGAAGUGGAAUAAAUAACUGCUUUUUGGUUUAGUUUCACUUUU